AUGCUCCUCGAUUUCACAUCAAAAUGGCCCUCACUCGUGAGCCGGCCGCCGAGCAGGAUGCGACUCCUGUUGGGUCUGUUCGUUGUCGUAACUGCCAUCGCAUCGCUACACUACUUGCUAAUUGGUGUUCUGUUACGCCUGAACUUUCGGGUCGGGGUCAGCCUAUUCGACCAUGGACUCUACGGCCUAUAUCCAACGCGUCAAUAUGUCAGCUUUAACAUGGAAUCGCCCGAUGUUGAGUUGGCCGUCUGGGACGACCGCUGCAGUGACGGUUACAUUUUCAUUGCGCCCCAUGGCAGUCCGAUCGAGGGAUCUAAUCCGGUGAUUCUCGACAAACAAGGGAACCUGGUCUGGACAAUGCCCGUGGACAGACCAGCGACAGAUUUCAAUGUGCAGGAAUACCUCGGCGAUAAAUAUCUGACGUAUUGGCAUGGAGAAAGUGAUCAUGGACACGGACUGGGCUCGUAUGCGAUGCUGGACUCGCACUACAUCCACCGCUUCGAAGUGACGCCGGUCGGCCAUUUCGAAGGCGACAUCCACGACUUCCACAUCUCGCAAGACGGCACCGCGCUCAUCGUUAUCUACGACCUGAAACAAGCCAAUCUCGAGGAAUUCGAUGGCCCUAGCCAUGGCUUCAUCUACGACGGAGUCUUCCAGGAAGUCGAUAUUGCCACAGGUGAAUUGCUCUUUGAAUGGCAUUUCUCGGACCACGUCCCAUUCACUGCAUCGUACACCCCUGAACUCAAGGGCAGCGGCAAGGACAGCACAUCGCCGUGGGAUCCAUACCAUAUUAAUAGUGUCGACAAGGAUGACGUGGGAAAUUAUAUUGUUUCCGCGCGCCACACGCACUCCGUCUACAACAUCAACAGCACAACGGGCGAGAUCCUAUGGAUACUGGGUGGCAAAGGUAAUCAAUUCACCGAUGCCUCUGGCGGUCGGGCUACCGACUUUGCCUGGCAGCAUGACGCGCGCUGGCACGACCAGCGCACCCUCACUCUAUACGACAAUGCCGCCAAGGACUUCCUUGGCCCUAUCACCAGAAGUCGAGGAAUGAUCAUCGAUGUCGACGUGCCGAACCGUAUCGCCACCGUUCGUGAGCAAUACUUCCACCCAGAGGGCAUUCGCGCUCACUCCCAGGGUAACAUGCAAAUCCUACCAAAUUCAGGAAAUGCAUUUAUCAGCUGGGGUCACUGCGCUGCCUACACCGAGUUUACCCCAGAUGGAGAGGUUUUGUGUGAUACGCACCUUUCUGCCUCCAAUUGGUUCCAGCUGGGCCUUGUGGUGUCAUACCGCACUUAUAAAAAUGACUGGGUUGGCAGGCCACUCACUAUUCCCAUGGCAGUCGUUGUCGAAGACUCGGUUUAUGUCAGCUGGAACGGCGCUACGGAAAUCGUAGCCUGGCGGCUGGAGCUGUGGGAUGGCGUGGAUAUGAAGGAUAUGCAGUUCGAGCCCACCGAGAGGGUCGAAAAAAUCGACUUUGAGACCAAAGUCAACCUGCCGGACGAAAUCCCCAACACUUACUUCCGCCUGGUUGCGGUAGACAGCAAGGACAACGUCCUGGGCAAGACUGCUCUAUUGAGCAAACACCCUCGACAGACCCUAUCUGAGUGGCUGGGCAUCGACGUCUUCGGCGAACUGUCCUACCCCGUCGUUAUAACCAUCUUUGCGUUGUUUUGUUGCUGCCUGUUGGCCAUUUACGGGUUAGUGAAGGCAAUGAUUCCUAUGGUAAGCCGACUUUUCGGCUAUUUCAGUGUUGGACGACGUCUUGGGUUUGAACGUGUUGCGACAAGGACGGAAGAAGACGAAGAGGAAGAUGUACCACUUAUGACACAUAGGCAUGGAGAUUGA